CCGCCCCCCGGGAAACACAGUAGGCGCUGAGGCUUCCGCCCUGGCUCUCGGGUACUCGGAGAGAGUUGCCCGCUGCCUGCAUCUGGUUGUGCGGGACGCUAACUUUACCCUCGGGGUUUAACGCUGUAAGCCCGCGGUGGGCGGAGCUGGGGAUAAGCGCCCCCAAACCCCCAAACCGAGCGCUUCCGCCCGGGUACUGCGCACGGGGCCGGGUGCGGGCGGGGCCAGGUGCGGGCGGGGCCAGCUUUUCUGUCGGAGGACGCGGGCCGGCACGCUGCGCCUUUAAGGAGUCCAGCCAUUCAGAGCGCCGGAGCUGGGAGCGGCGCGGGUAGGAGCGCGGCGGCGGGUCCAAGCCCGGGCUAGGGACCGAGGGUCGGGGUCCGGGUUCGGCGGCGGAACGCAGGCGGCUGAGGCCUGUCAGGCAGCGGCGCACGGGGUGGAAGGAGUCAAGGACCUGCAGCUGGCUUUCCACUCCGCUCCCCGCGCGGACUCUGCCCCCACCUCCUGCUGCCUGGAUAGGUUUGAGAUGCUCGAACCCCGGCGCCCCACUUCCCAGGUCCAGGCUGCCAGCCUCUUGAAGCCAGGGGACAGAGUGAGGACGGAAUCUCAUUUUCAGCUCCUGCCAGAGCCAGUAGCAGUUGGGAAAGAAGGCUGUGCUCUUUGAAGAGUGUCAGCCAGCCUGAAAGAGCAGGAUGGAUCUUGAUGUGGUUAACAUGUUUGUGAUUGCGGGCGGGACACUGGCCAUCCCUAUCCUGGCAUUCGUAGCCUCAUUUCUCCUGUGGCCUUCAGCACUGAUAAGAAUCUAUUAUUGGUACUGGCGGAGGACAUUGGGCAUGCAAGUCCGCUAUGUUCACCAUGAAGACUAUCAGUUCUGUUAUUCCUUCCGGGGCAGGCCUGGCCACAAACCCUCCAUCCUCAUGCUCCACGGAUUCUCUGCACACAAGGAUAUGUGGCUCAGUGUGGUCAAGUUCCUUCCAAAGAACCUGCACUUGAUCUGCGUGGACAUGCCAGGACAUGAGGGCACUACCCGUUCCUCCCUGGAUGACCUGUCCAUAGAUGGGCAAGUCAAGAGGAUACACCAGUUUGUAGAAUGCCUCAAGCUGAACAAAAAACCUUUCCACCUGAUAGGCACCUCCAUGGGUGGCCACGUGGCUGGGGUGUAUGCUGCUUACUACCCGUCAGAUGUCUCCAGCCUUUGUCUUGUGUGUCCUGCUGGCCUGCAGUACUCAACUGAUAAUCAGUUCAUACAACGGCUCAAAGAACUGCAGGACUCUGCCGCCGUGGAGAAGAUUCCCUUGAUCCCGUCUACCCCAGAAGAGAUGAGCGAAAUGCUUCAGCUCUGCUCCUAUGUCCGCUUCAAGGUGCCCCAGCAGAUCCUGCAAGGCCUUGUUGAUGUCCGCAUCCCUCAUAACAACUUCUACCGAAAGCUGUUUUUGGAAAUCGUCAGUGAGAAGUCCAGAUACUCUCUCCAUCAGAACAUGGACAAGAUCAAGGUCCCGACGCAGAUCAUCUGGGGAAAACAAGACCAGGUGCUAGAUGUGUCUGGGGCGGACAUGUUGGCCAAGUCAAUUGCCAAUUGCCAGGUGGAGCUUCUGGAAAACUGUGGGCACUCGGUAGUGAUGGAGAGACCCAGGAAGACAGCCAAGCUCAUCGUCGACUUUUUAGCUUCUGUGCACAACACAGACAACAACAAGAAGCUGGACUGAGGCCCUGACUGCAGCCUGUAUUCGACACACAGCACCUGCUCCCAUCCCCCAAAUCUGACGCAGCCACCACUCUCAGGGAUCCUGCCCCAAAUGCGGUCGGAGCGCCAGUGACCCUGAGGAAGCCAGUCCCUUAUCCCUGGUAUCCACGGUUCCCCAGAGCUUUGGGACCAUGAGAAAACCUCCAAGAUCUUUUUCACAAAAUAGAAGAAACUCAUAUGGAACAAAAGAAGAAACCCCAGCCAUAAAAUCUACCAUGAAGUCUUCAAGUUCAUGUUACUGACAAGCUUGUGCAAAGUAGCCACUUGGACCAUAAUGAAAUCGAGGACAUUUUCUUUGCGACAUUCCUUAUAGACGGAGACCCAAGAUAUUUGUGUUGCUUCAGGUGUAUUCCCUUGCAUGGGCAGUGGCUUUUAUAGGAGCAUUAGUCCUCAUUCGCUGAACCCUGUCGUUUAGGUCGAAUUUAAGUUUUACAUAGAGACCCAUGUAUGACUGCAGCCCAUUGGCUGCAAGACCAGGGAGUAAAGUGGCGAGUGGAAGGAAAUGUUUACAUGCAUGGAGGGGCAUUGUUCCAGCCCUCGGAGCGGCCAGAGCAACAGAGCACAUGGGUGUGUGGUUCAUUCAGCACCCAUGAAGUCAGAUAUGUUUGGAGUGAACCCGCAACAGUCGCAGAAUGAACGCCUAGCAGGGAAAGUUUCCUAGGAAUAAUUUAUUAUUAACAAAAUAGGACUAAUAAAGCAAUAAUGUUCUAGACAUCUGUCUAAGUAAUCAGACUCAGGUUCCACACACAAGCAACAGCUCGUGGGCCUCUUUUCUAUUUCGGUGUGCUACUGAGAACCCCUGGAUGUAAAAUACUAGUUCGUUAAUGAAUUCUGUGAAUUCUGUGAACAGUAACGUGAUUGAAAAUAAGUCUAAGCAGCUGUAAAAGUGACCACAGUGACAUGAAAUAAAUUUAAUAAGUUUAGAUCAGCAA